AUGCCUUUCAGGAUGCUAGUGGCACCACUGCCACUGCAUUUCCUGUUGGCAGCAGUGAGCAGUGAAAACAGAAGCGGAGCAGGCAGCGUCCAAGGCAGCAAUAGCUCCUGUGCGAUUCACUGGAGCCCUCCCAGCGCGUCCUGAUCGCCACUGCUGCAGAGGCCACCGCGGGGACUGGAAGCACCUUCGCCCAGACCACACUCCCCGCGCAGUGCGGAGAGAAGCGGCGGGAGCCACUCUGCGCCCAGACGUCUCAGCGCCCCCUCGGGCUCGGGCUCGGGCUCGCCCCGGGGGUGAAGGGUCGUGAUGCCAGGCCCCGCUCCCCUCCGCGUGUCCCGGGGGGCCUUGGGCGCCUGGCUGCUGGGCAGCCUCUGGGUCUGGACUCUGGGCGGCCUGUGCGGCCUGGGGGCGGCGGGCUUCCCGGGGGCGCCGCGCCCGUGCCGGGCGCCGCAGCAGUGGGAGGGGCGCCAGGUUCUGUACCAGCAGAGGACCGGGCGCAACAGCCGCGCCCUGCUCUCCUACGACGGGCUGAACCAGCGCGUGCGGGUGCUGGACGAGAGGAAGGCGCUGAUCCCCUGCAAGAGACUAUUUGAAUACAUUUUGCUCUAUAAGGAUGGAGUGAUGUUUCAGAUUGAACAAGCCACCAAGCAGUGCUCAAAGAUCACCCUGACGGAACCCUGGGAUCCUCUUGACAUUCCUCUGAACUCCACCUUUGAAGACGAGUACUCCAUCGGGGGGCCCCAGGAGCAGAUCACCGUCCAGGAGUGGUCCGACAGGAAGUCAGCCAGAUCCUAUGAAACCUGGAUUGGCAUCUAUACAGUCAAGGAUUGUUAUCCUGUCCAGGAAACCUUUACCAAAAAUUACAGUGUGAUACUGUCCAUGCGGUUUUUUGACAUACAGCUGGGCAUUAAAGACCCCUCAGUGUUUAUCCCUCCAAGCACGUGCCAGACGGCCCAGGCGGAGAAGAUGAGCGAGGACUGCUCCUGGUAG